GCUUCCGAUUGUCACCCGUACAGGGGAGAUGUUGCCGGAUUUUUGUCCGGCAUGGACUCCUCUGGGGCAUGACAAUUUAGUUGUAUCAGAGCCAGGUUCGAUCUUUUUUUUCGCUUUAUGAUUGUUCGAGUUGAUUCCGUGUUCUGGGUUUUAUUUUUUUGAGAUUUCGAUUUGGCUUCGACCCUUGAUGUGACUCUUGAGUUUUGGGACCAGGCAGCGGCAGGAUAUCUCCGAGCUAUAGGAUGUAAGUGGUCUACUGCUAAAUCAUUUUCCUUACAUACUUAUUAUUAAUAGGAAUGGCACAAAAAGGGUCGACUGCUGUGCAUCACCGUGGACAAGGUCGACCACGAAAACAACCCACGUUAUCUAUGGGUCCCGAAUCUACUGGCCAGGAGACGAAGUUUACAGGAAACCCAAAUGAGGUUGAUUCAGGUAGCAGUGAUCGGAAUCCUCCAACCUCUACUAGGGAGCAUGAGUUACGGACGCCGGGAGUACCACCUUCUAUACCUGCUCCAGACACUACUGGUUGGGUGAUGGAUAGAGCCUGAAUACCCUUGUUGGCGAAGUCUGUGAAGGAUCGAACUACUCUGUUCCAUGGGGGUGUUGACCCUUGGGCGGCUCGUAGCUGGUUGAAGAACUUGGAGAGCACAUUUGGGUACAUGAAGUGUACAGAUGAAGAGAAGGUGGAGUUGGCUGCAUACCAUCUUCGGGAUCAGGCCGUCACUUGGUGGAACAUGCAGAAGACGAUCUUUGGGGAACAACACGUCACGUGGCCGAUGUAUCGGGAGGUAUUUGAGAGACAGUAUUUUCCGGUUACAUUUUGUCUAGCUCGACGUCAGGAGUUUCUGAACCUCAAGCAGGGCGACCGUUCUGUGAUGGAGUAUAAUACAGAAUUCAGUAGAUUGGCUGAGUUUUAUCCUCAUCUGGUGGCUCAGGAUUAUGAUCGGAUGCAUCAGUUUACCCAGGGACUUGCGGCAUACAUAUGACUCAAGAUGUCAGGAUUUCCAGGUGGUUAUUAUCGGGAGGUGUUAGAUCGGGCGUUGUUCAUUGAGAUGACUCAGCAGCAAGUGAACCUGGAAAAAAGUAAUACUAAACAAGUGACACAGAAGAAGGAGAAAAGAGGCCAGAGCUCACAGGUUACCUCUGGAGGGUCCUCUCCACCUCAGAAGACAAGGCGAACCUCGGAUGGGGGUUCUCGUUCCCCUCAGCGAGAUUGGAAGAAUGAUAGUAGAGGGACCAGAUGUUUCCAGUGCGGCUCGAAAAGUCACCUCAAACCCAAUUGUCCAUUGGACCACUCGAUAUGCUUUUAUUGCAAGCUUUCGGGCCAUGAGAGUCGGGAUUGUACUCUGAAGGCUCAGUUGGAGACUACUAAAGUUACAUCUCAAGGAGAUCGACCCGCUCAGCCAUGGCAGCAGAGAGGACUUCAGAGGACUCGGAGUGAUUCACGUCAACAGCGACAACCAAGCUCCCAAGGGCAGAUAUAUUAUAUCCAGAGCCAGGAGGAUCCAGUGAUACCAGCGACCACACAGUACUCUGCCACAGAGUCUCCUCGUCAGGCAUAUCCUGUGCAGCACGACCUUUCCCCUCCAUUUCAGCCUUACCUGGCCUUUCAACCCCAGCCACAGUUUUAGUACCAGCAUCAGCAGCUGGUUAUCGCACCUCCGAAUCCACCUUAGACUGUUCCAGCGAUGCCACCACCGAGCUCAGAUGUGGGGCAUGCUUAUGUAGUCACACGGGAAAAGGCGCAGCGGGCCGAGGGAUCGGCCUUCCAAGGUAAGGUCUCAGUUUAUAUUUUUAUUGCACCCUUAUUGAUAGGUACGGGUAGUUCUUAUCCAGUUAUAUUUAUAGUAUAUUUGAGUAGAAUCGGUAGGCUACCUGUGCACCGAACACAUGGAUUAGUAGUGUCCUUACCAUUCUUGAUAUUUGGUUGGAGUAGCGUACGAGUAUGUUGCUUGGUUGUUAUCUUUGGAUGAGGAAUCCCUAAGUUUGGUAAUAAAUUUAGGGACCAAAUUUUUAUUAGUGGGGGAGAAUGUAAAAUACGAUGCCCAAAUAAGGAUUUAAAUAAUAAGGUUAUUUGACCAAUAAUCUUAUUAGAAUUUUUAGAAAUUUUUCUAGAAUUAAUCAGAGCUCGUAUGACGUAUUUAGAGGGGAUGCAUUAAUGGGCCCACUAAAAGCCUGUUUGGAUAUCCCAAUUAAGUGGGAGUUGAUUGAGAAAUUAAUCUAGGGCUUAAUCAAAAAUACCUAAGUUUAUAAAUUCCUUUCUCUUAUUAUUCCCGUGCCCUAGCUCCCUCACCCGCCGAACUCCAUCUUCCCUAAACCCAUCGCCGACACCGUCGCCCUCCCUGUCCUUGUCCUCGGCCGAGCACCACACAAUCGGUGAUUUCUUCCCCUCGAGCCACAGCAGCCGCCGAUCCUCUCCUCUCCCCUCUCCGAGCUGUGCCCUAGCUAAUCCAGCAGGCGCAAGGGAAGUUGUUCUUGUGGGUGGCGGCGCUUACGCUGUCGAUCGCAGAGUCUACGGCGGCAGGCGACGAAGCAUGGUGGCACCCCAACCGCAAGCACGUGGCGAAGUUGACGGACUUCGGCGGCGUCGGUGACGGCGUGACGUCGAACACCGCGGCCUUCGCGGCGGCAGUGGCCAACCUCAGCCAGGUGGCGGGCGACGGCGGAGCGAUGCUGGUUGUCCCGGCGGGGAGGUGGCUCACCGGACCCUUCAACCUCACCAGCACCUUCACUCUCUUCCUCGAGCGCGACGCCGUCAUCCUCGCCACUCAGAAUUUGGACGAGUGGACUACCAUUGCACCACUGCCUUCUUAUGGCAGAGGAAGAGAUUUACCAGGACCAAGAUAUACCAACUUCAUCAUGGGAUAUAAUCUCACUGAUGUCGUCAUUACAGGGAACAAUGGAAGCAUCAACGGACAAGGCCAAGUAUGGUGGGAUAAGUUCCGCGGGGAAGAGCUCAAAUACACGAGAGGUUACCUGGUCGAGUUCAUGUUCUGCAGCUACGUCGUCGUCUCCAAUGUCGUUUUGAUCGACUCUCCCUCGUGGAAUCUUCAUCCUGUUUAUUGCGACCAUGUCGCCGUUGCAGGCAUCACAAUUCUUGCACCAAUCAGAUCUCCCAACACCGAUGGAAUCGAUCCAGAUUCCAGCGAAUACGUUUGGAUCGUGAACUCGAACGUCGUCUCCGGCGACGACUGCAUCGCCAUCAAGAGCGGGUGGGACCAGUACGGCAUCGCAUUCAACAAGCCGAGCCAGCAUAUCUACAUUUCCAACUUCUCCUGCGUCUCCCCUACCAGCGCCACCAUCGCGCUCGGCAGCGAGAUGUCCGGCGGGAUCUCCGACGUCCACGCGACCAACAUCGUCGCCGUCGACACCGAGUCGGCCUUGCGGCUCAAGACGGGGAUCGGGAGGGGCGGCUUCAUGAGGGACGUGAUUGUGGAGGGGAUGAGGCUGACCAACAUGAAGUACUUGCUGUGGAUGACGGCCAACUACGGGCAGCACCCCGACGAUAAGUUCGACCCGAACGCCAUUCCGGUGGUGAAAACGAUCAGCUUCAGUAAUGUCGUGGCGACGAACGUGUCGAUCGCCGGAAAGCUGGAGGGGCUGCCGCAGUCGCCGUUCACGAACCUCUUGGUGUCCGACGUGACGGCGGAGAUAUUCGUGAAUAAGAAGCCGGUUUGGAAUUGCACGUUCGUGGAGGGGAGAUCGUACAAUGUGACGCCCACGCCAUGCGCCGAGUUGCAACAUUAGUCAGAAAUGCUUGCGUCUUAAUUAAUCAAAAUAAGGCUGUCAAAGAGAUGAGCAUGACUGUUCAAAUUCACAAUUGUCUCUGACCCACUUAUUUAAGAAAUAUAAAAAUUUGAGAUUUA